AAUAAGUCUUCAAACACGUUUAAUUAUAAACUAUGAAUAUUUGGUGAUUGGUGGGAAGCGCAGUUGGCGCUGGAUUGGUAGUUCAAUCGAUCAAUGUUGUGAUCGACGUUUCAAUCAAUGGACACCAAUUUCAGCCCUAAACGUCCACCGGACGCCAUCUCCGAUCACAACCUCUCCGCCGGUCGCUCCGUCCGCCCAAGACAAUUACCUCCACCUCCGCCACUACCGCCGCCAGUAUCCACCACUGCACCGGCAACAUUAGGUUUAGACACUAUCUCCAGAGAUGCUCCCGUUCUUAAACCCUCAUCUCCCUCCGAUACUCUCUUUCGCCUCCUUUGCCCAGCCUCCAAGGUUUCAUCCAUCCUUCGUCAUCUCCGGGAUAUUCCCGGCGCUAGGGUCCACAUUGAUGAAUCUCUUCCUUCAUGUGACGAGUGCGUGCUUGUCAUCCUCGCCGGCUCGCCUUCCAAACCCGCGCACACUAAUCCAGGAAAUGAUAGAGAAUUCCGUGAGCAUGACGUCAAUCGCAACGUCUCUAGUGAUACGGUCGCUGGAGAUUCGGACGAGCGGUCGCAGGCACAGCAGGCGCUGCUACGAACUUUUGAGAGUAUAGUUAGGAUGAACGAGGAUAGUGGAGAAAACCAAGAGAUACAGAAGAAAAAUGCAGAUUCUGCUCCAAACGAUCGGAUUAGCGGUGGUGAAACUGAUGGAUUGGUAGUCUGCAGGCUGCUGGCGCCUAGUCAUCAGGUAGGUCGCGUACUUGGUAGAGGAGGCAGAACUGUGGAGAAGAUUAGGCAGGAGAGUAUGGCUCAUGUAAAGAUUUUCCCCAAGGAUCAAAAUCCGGCAUGUGCGUCGCCGCAGGACGAGUUGAUUCAAAUAUCAGGAAACUUUCCGGCGGUGAUGAAGGCUCUUUCUUCUGUUUCCUCCUGUCUUCAGGAUAACCCGAGGGUGGACUCGAGCAACUCUUCCUCUACAAAAUCAUCGGGGCCUACGUCCCAUGCAAGUUCUAUGCCAGUACAAGACGAAGAACCUUCUCCUAGGAGGAGAUAUGGUAGUCAUCAUAAUGCAGAUUACCGCUCCAGGGGUUAUUCUUCCAUACCAGGACAUGAAAAUGUUGGAGCUGGUCCAAGAGCGUCCAUGGAAGAGGAUGUAGUGUUUAGAUUGCUUUGUCAACCCGAUAAAGUUGGAAGCCUAAUUGGAAAAGGUGGCACUGUAGUACGGGCGUUGCAAAACGAAACGGGUGCAUCUAUAAAGAUAGUCGAUACACCCGACUUGGAUGAACGCUUGGUUGUGAUAUCUGCACGAGAGAGUUUGGAGCAAACAUAUUCUCCUGCACAAGAGGCUGUUAUACGUGUACAUUGUCGAAUUGCAGAAAUUGGAUACGAACCAGGUGCUGCCGUUGUUGCUCGAUUGCUUGUACAUGGACAACAGAUAGGUUAUUUGGUGGGUCGAGGAGGCCAUAUUAUUAAUGACAUGAGAAGAGGCACUGGUACCAGCAUUCAGAUAUUUCCCCGGGACCAAAUUCAAAACAAUGGACCUAUGAUUGACGAAGUAGUACAGGUGAUCGGAAAUUUGCCGUCCGUACAGGAUGCUUUGUUUCAUAUAACAAAUCGAAUUAGAGACACUUUCUUCCCAAUGAGACCACACGUACCGAACUUCAACAAUCCACCUUACCUGUCUCCCCACCCAGAAACACCUCCCUUAUUUAGGCCAGGAAGUAAUGCACAUUCCCCCGGAUACUAUCCUUCUCAAACUGGAGCUCUUCGUGGGACCGAACGUCUUCCUUACCAUUCCCACCCACUCGAUCAUCAGCCUGCAUAUCCUCAUAAUGUUGGUUUCGGUGGUAAUAACAUGGACGGAGUUCCAUAUCCCCAUGGCAUGGAGAGACCAGGGCCAGGUUCUUUUGAGAGACCUUCUCCUAGAUCAUGGACUUCUCAGGUUAGUAGUAGCGAAAUACCCAAGGGACCAACUGAUGGGUAUGGCAUGGUUUCAAGGAAUGAGUCCUACGGCAGCGGAGGUCCUCAUUUUAUGGGAGGCACAUCUAUGGAGAUGGUGAUUCCACAAACUUUAAUUUGUCACAUCUAUGGAGAGAACAACAAUAACAUUGCUCAUGUUCAGCAGAUAUCAGGAGCAAUGCUGGUGGUUCAUGAUGCUAAACCUGGGAUGUUUGAUGGUAAAGUAAUCAUGUCCGGCACACCCGAACAGAUUCGAGCUGCCCAGAGACUUGUCCAUGCCUUCAUCUUGUGCGGAAAGACACAAUCAUGAUGAAGCAUGAAAAUUGAAUUGUCUCAAAGUUUUUAAUCGGAGUUGAAACACAUACAUGAUACAUGUGAGUUAGUAGAGUGCUUUCUCAAUUUAUGUAGGGUUUGAGUCCAUUUUCCCGUUUCAAACAUGUUUUCCAGCCACUAGCCGGAAUUGCACAAUGUAGAAAAUCAAUAAGAAAAAAUACAAAGUUAGUUUCAA